AUGGACCCACGCAACAGUGCCACACAAAAGUCGCUGCCCGGCUGGAAAAGGCAUUGGUUUGGGUCUCGAUUCGCUCGGUUUGGUUACGGCCAGGGCCAGAGCCAGACCCACAGCAGCGGAGAGCACUUCGAGGACGCCGACACGACGUCCAGCGAGUACACGGACCAGCAGUUUGAUCUGCGGCACACGAUACCCGGCGAACCCGGCCUGGACUACCCCAUCCUCAGUGCCCCGCCCAAGACGAGCUUCGUGUGCAAGGGUCGCCAUGAAGGCUACUAUGCUGACGUGGAGAGCCGCUGCCAGGCGUUCCGCAUCUGCGCCCACACAGCGAGAUCCCCCCAGGGCUUCGGCUUCCUCUGUCCCAACGGAACCCUGUUCAGCCAGAAGAACUUCGUAUGCGACUGGUACCGUAAUGUGAACUGCGACGAUUCGGAGCGGUACUACGAGAUGAACGUGGAGAAUAGCGUGGGCAGCACCCACGAGAUGAUGGAGCGCGUCCGCCACAUGAUGGAGUACCCCAUGAAGACCAUAUCGAAGGCCCUGCAACAGUCACAGGCACAUCCGCAGACUCAUCCCCAGCAGCAGCAGCAGCAGCAACAGCACCAGAGCCUAAGCAAGGAUCUGAGCAGCGCCAGUGGAGUACUCACCCAGCCGGAGCAGACCAAGGAACCACAAAUUGCAGCAGCACGGGGCGAGGCUAUUAAAAGUGAGCCUCUUAAUGCAGCAGGGCUGGAGACCAUCUCUCCCUCCGCCUCCACUGACGAUGGCGACGGCGAGGGCAUCUAUGUGAACAGCCUCGGGGAGCUCUCCUCGGAUCCGGGCAUCCAGUUCGACCACACCAAUGCCCACAUUGUGGCCGAGUACCCGCGGGAGUAUCACUACCAGAAGCAGAAGAACUUUGCGGAGCGGGUUAAUUCUGGACUGGAGCUCUUGGCCGACACAGAGUCCACCUCGAGCGAGGUCCUGGCCCCUGACUACAUGAAGCAUAUACGGAGCAACAAGGACGAGGCCACACAGGUGGAUCUGGUGUCGAACAUCAACAACCUGCUGGACGAGGUCUCCUCCGAUGUGGAUCCCUCCGUCUCCGGCUACCAGUCAAUGGCUCCGACCAAGAUCAAGCAGCCCUUUAGGUUCCUCAGUCGCGGAUUCGCCAUGCACGGAGAUGGCUCCAAGGGUAGCUCCUCGGCCUACGUGUACAACAAACCCAAACAGACGCCGGGCACAGUGAGAUUUACGCCCAAUGAGAUACCCACCGAAGAUCUCAAAUCCACUGAGCACAAACACAAGUUUGGCAAAAGCACCAGCACCAGCACCAGCCCAACCACAACGGAAGCGAGUCCGGCACUGCUGAUAGCCCCGGAGGAGGAGGCAGAAGAAGUAGCAGUAGAGGCUGAGACCACCACAUCGGCAGCAGAAACUACGCCCACUACUGUUGCUGUGCCACUCAACCUGCUGGAACCGCCACUUCUGGCUCCUGCUUUUGCCAUCGAAUCCCUCGGCCAGGCAGCCGCCCUGACCGCCAGCCUGCCCCUCAGUGAUGACCUGGCCCAAGUCGAGGAAAGUCCCGAGGCUGCCGAGAAGACGAGCGUCCAUCAGGAGGCCACCAAGCUGCUGCUGGCUGGAGUACAGCUGACUUCCCACGACGAGGAGACACAGGUCCUCAACACAAAUGAGUUUGCAGAGAGCAGCCCCGCCCCCAUCAGCACCUCAACAAGCACCACCAGCACCACUAGCACCACUCCCGUAAUGCUCACCUCCACGGAAACGGUCACAGAGAUCAGCAGCACCCAGGAGCGGAUUCGAGGCUAUCGGCGCUAUGCUCAGAGCCGCGGUAAUUCCUCUUUGAAACGCGCCAACGUUCGUCCGCUGCCGGUGGUGCGCAGUACGACUAGCACCACCACACAACGAACCACCACGCCCACCCGCAGCUACUUGGAACGCCUGGCAGCCAGCCGCUUGCGUUUGUCCCGCCUUUCGCUGGCCACCAGGAGCACAACCAAGGCCCCGACUACCACGGCCUCGGCUACCACAGAAGCAACCACCACCACCACCACCGCAGCUUCCUCCCUGUCGUAUGUGCGGGGUGGGGCCGAGCAGGGGCCAAGCAAAAGGCUAUCGGCACGCCACAUUGAUCGGGAAACGAAGGUCGAGACCGGAAAGGCCAGCUGGGAGAGCGUCCACAGCAAUCUGCAGAGGUUCCAAGUGCAGCGCGGGAAUCGCAUCUACACGCCGGCAACACGAUCAACAGGAAGCAGCAGCAGUAGCAGCACCACCACCAGUACCAGCGCCACAUCCACAUCGACGACGAGCAGCUUUCCCAGACCCACGGCAGCAGGAUCGGUGAAUCGCGGAAAGAAUCGCUAUUCGAACUUCAAGACGCAGGCUCCGGUCACGCGAACUCGGGGUCCAACCACCGCGCGAGUCUUCACCACACCCAGAACCACCUCUUCCCCUGCCCUGUCCACGCUGACACAGCAAAUCUCCGCGCUGGCCUCCGGCUACGGUUACGCCCAGCCAACACUCAACCCACCGCAGACCCAAAAACACAUCCCACACGCAUACGCCACACAAACAGUCAGCGACAUUGCACCACCCUCCUCCCAAUCCAUCACCUCAAGCCUCUCUCCCUCCUCUGGCUUCCUUUCCUUCGAUAAGCUAACGCGCGCCAUUGUUGACGAAUCCGUCUUACAGAACUUCAAGAGUGCCCAGUCCAAGGGUUCAGCUUCGGCUCCGGCCCAGUCCCAGUCCCAGUCGUACCGUCCACUGGCCAAGACCAGCUCUGUUGGCAGCAGGACUAGCAGCGGCAGCAGCAGCAGCAGCAGAAACAGCAUUGGGUACAACAAGCCCGCCACAGCACCAGCCAUCUCCAGCCUGACCGUACCGCCACGCCCCCCGCAGCUGCCCACCCCACCCGGAAUAGUGAUUGUCCGCGCUGAGGGACAGCGCAUUGCACCGAACUCCGCCAGCAACAUCAUCGCCUCUCUGGCAACCCAGGCGCCAGCCAAGGCCAGUCAGGGCAGCUCGUACGUAUCGCUGAACGACUUCUUCAGUUCCAAGUUCGGGCAGGGCAACGAAAACAGUGUUGCAGGCGCCACAACGCUGCAACAACAGCAGCAGCAGCAGGCACAGGUACAGGUGCAAAGGCAGCCUGCACAGCAGCAACAUCAGCAGGUGCAACAGCAGCAUCAUCAUGUGCAAGUGCCACAGCAGGUACAGCGUCAGCAGCAACCUCAGCAGCAAUUAAGCUACAUAACGCAGCAGUACCAACAGCCCCACCAGCAAACCAUUUACCAACCAAACAUCUACCAUCAGCAGCAGCCACAUUCCUAUCAGCAGCAGCAGCAACAUCCCUUCCAGCAGCAGCAAAACAGCAACAGUCAGCAGCAAUCGCGUCCGUCGAUACAAUCCAAUCAGCAGCCCUACCUGACACCCAAUAUAUUCGUGCCGUACCAACAGCAACAGCAGCAGCUGCCACAGUUCCCUCCCCUGGCCCCGCCGGCAGCAGUGACAGCCACUGGCUCAGUGCAGGGAUCCUUCAUAGGUGGACGCCAUGUGGAUCACCUGAAUGUGCAGCUGCCUACGCUGUCCAAUGGCUUGAUUCCGGGACUACAGUUGGCCCAGAAGCGCAGUGACGUGUCGGCCCAACAGCUGCAGUUGACGAACACCGCCGGCAGGCAUCCAUCCAGAUCGGGAUCGGGCAAGAGCAGGGAGCGGUCCUUCUAUUCCGGCCGCACCUCCUACCAGGUGCCCCAGAGCAGUGUGGGUCGGCUGCCCAACGACAUAACGCAGCAGCUGCGCGGACGCCUGCGACGCUACUGA